AUGAAGGUCAAGAUCAAAAAGUGGAACGCCGUCGCGACUUGGCGAUGGGAUCUCCCAGAAGACGAUGUCUGCGGCAUCUGCCAGGUCCACUUUGAUGGCACAUGCCCGACUUGCAAAUACCCGGGCGACAAGUGCAGCCUGUUGUCUGGGAAAUGCGGUCACAACUUUCACAUGCAUUGUAUCCUUGAGUGGAUAAAACAGGACUCUGCCAAAGGCCAAUGCCCCAUGUGCCGCCAAAAAUUCGAAUGGAAUGGUCGCCCC